UCGAUCGAUUGACUCCUUCGCUUUAUCACCUCGCAACCAACCAGCGUCGCAUCGCAAGGGAGCAGAUUUAAAAUGGCUUCGUUUACCACCUCGCUAAUCACACUCCUCUCCUCUCGUCUCGGCGGCUCCUCCAUAUAAUCCCAACCCAACCUCCACCUUCUCGUCCUUCUCGUCGGAAUCCAGAGUCCACACGCGAGAACUCGCAGCACCGACGGACAUGGGGAACUGCCAGGCGGCGGACGCGGCGGCCGUGGUGAUCCAGCACCCGGGCGACGGCAAGGUCGAGCGCCUCCACUGGCCGACCACCGCGGCGGACGUCAUGCGCAGGAACCCCGGCCACUACGUCGCGCUCGUCGUCCUCCAUCACGGCUCUGGCGGUGGCGUUGACGUCAACCCCGCCGUCGCCGGAGGAGGUGCGAGGAUAACCAAGGUGAAGCUCCUCAAGCCCCGGGACACGCUCCACCUCGGCCAGGUCUACCGCCUCAUCACCUCCCAAGAGGUGAGCAAGGCCGUGCAGACGAGGAGGCAGGAGAGGACGCGCGGCUGCGAGGGGGCGAUCGAGCAGGAGCGGCCGCGGCUGCACCGGCGGCGCCAACCGCCGAGGCCGAGGGGCGACACCGCGGCAACCACGGCCGCCAGCGGAGAACAGAGGCAGCCCGCCGAUCACCAGGAGCGGAAGCGGCUGGAGAAGGACCGGCACCACCGGAGCAUCGCCGCGGGCCGCGGCGGAGGCAGAGGGCGGCACUGGCGCCCGGCGCUGCAGAGCAUCACAGAGUCGUCGUCGUCGUUGGGCGGACACGCCGACUGCGAGGACACAUCUAAAUGAACUACGGAGUAGAAAUGGUAGGGAGGAGCUAGAAAUGUGUGUACAUUUUGCGAGAGGAGCGGCAAGGCAUGGCCACCAGAGUGUUGCCCUUUCGUUGUGGCGAUGGAACAGUGACCGUAUGAACGUGCGUGAAAAACUGAAAAUACAUCCAGAGGCCUCUGUCCUGC